AUGGGGGAGAAUAAAGAGGAGGAUGACGAGGGCAUUAUCACGUGUUGCCAUCGAAUGACUAUAUGUCCCCGUCUGUUGCGACAGAUCCCCGUCACUCGGCCAAUCUUUCGAUCCAUCGGUGAACGUUUCACCUGGUCCAAGUUAUUCGAAUCGGCGACUUACGCGUUGAUCGCGUCGAUGACCUGGGCAGUGUUGUACUUCUUACUAGGCGACACGAUGUUACCUAAGAACGACGGAUUCGGUUUAUUCACCCUCGCGAUAUUUUCUUCCUGGCUCGGCUCCAGGCUCUCCUCCAUCCCGUACUUGAACCUACCACCCGUGUUUGGGAUGCUGAUCGCUGGCUUGAUUGUUCGAAAUUCCGGACUGUACGACAUUCACGAGGAACUCGGUCCAUCAACCACUUCCAAGAUACGAACGUUUUGCCUGACGUUCAUCAUUAUACGCGCUGGCCUUCAGUUAUCGACCACCACCUUGAAGGAUCAUCCGAUCUUCCUCAUGCUACUCUCCGUUGUUCCUUCCACCGUGGAAAUGCUCGUCCUUGCCGUUUGCUGCAAGCUGAUUCUGUCGUAUCAUUGGGACUGGGCGUUCAUGGCCGGAACGAUGCUCGCCUGUAUGUCGCCAGUGGUCACCGUCAACUGUAUCCUAGCGUUGGUAGAACGAGGUUACGCCGAAGACAAGGGACUCGCGACGAUCUUGUGCACAGCUACUUGCAUCGACGAUAUACACAUCGUUUCCCUGUUCGCCAUCUGCUACUCGAUCGUCUUCACUAACGACAAGGGUAGAACGGAUUGGUGGUGUUACGUACCCGUUGGUCUUCGCGACGCGAUUUUGGGCGUCACGGUUGGAGUGUUGUUAGGAGUUUGCUUCGCCUUCUUGCCCCAUCGUAGCCACAAAUACGCCAGCUGGUUCCGUAUGAUUUGCUUGGUGCUUGGCUCUCUGAUGUGCACCACGGCCACGGCGAAACUCACUGUCUCAGGUGGAGGAUACCUUGCCAGUUUAGUUCUGUCUUUCGUCGCUAUGAUCGGUUGGAAAAUUUUGUCCCUCUCCUUCGACACGACGCCUUUUAGAAGAGCAGCGUACGUUCUCUGGAAGUUUGUGCAACCGAUUCUCGUAGGAAUUAUAGGCGCUGAUAUCGAUCUGCGGGAUUGGAUUCCAUCCAGAUCUGGGCUUCAUUUGGUGUGCGUUUUGAUAGGCCUGGCGGCACGAAGCGUCGCCGUUUACCUGACGACUUUGAGAAGCUCGUUCACGUGGAGAGAACGGCUGUUCGUGGUGGUGUGUUGGAUACCGAAAGGCACGCUACAGGCAGCACUGGGACCAAUGGCAUACGAGCAAGUGCGGUAUCAACGAGAGAAUCGCGAGCAAGUCGAAAUGGCUCUGGAUAUCUUAAGACUCUCGGUGAUCACUAUAUUAUUCUUAGCACCGAUCGGAGCCAGUUUGAUCACUAUCGGUGGCCCGCUACUUCUCGAGCAGGUAACGGACGAGGAACGACGAAGAGAUCGCGAGCUCAGUUACCUAAAACUCGUUUCCUUCUUACCUACGCCGCCCGACGAUGUCAAAGUGAAACCAUUACCGACGAAUCCGUAG